GGAGCCGCCAUUCCCUCAAAGUCCGAGAACACAAAGUUUUGGGUCCAUAUGUGGACGGCCUUUCAAAGCUGGCAGUCAUGAGCUACAAGGUGCAGAUUUGUUUGAAUUCUAAAGCUUCCAAUACACUUUAACCAGCUGUUACUGUGCAAUAAAAGUGCAAACUACACCGAUCAGCCACAACAUUAAAUCUAUUGAGAGAUUAAGCGAAUAACAUUAAAUUUUUAUAGUGGCACCUGUCAAGGGGUGGGAUUUAUAAGGCAGCAAGUCAACAGACUGCUCUUGAUUUUCAUAUGGUGGAAGCUGUAGUUCGUUCAGAGAGCCAAUGAUGUCCACCGCUGAAAGCACCUUCAAUGAGGACGGGGUUGUCAAAACUGGACCACCGGAAAAAGAUUGCCUGAUCUGAUGAAGCCCAGUUUCUUUUGGAUCAGGUGCAUUCGUGUUUGUUGUUUACCUGGGAAAGAGAUGGAAGCAGGAUGCACUAUGGGAAGAAGGCAGGCCAGCAGAGUGCUUUGGACAAUGUUCUGCUAGGAGACUUUGUUACCUGCCAUUCAUGUGGAUGUAACUAUGACAUGCACCACCUACCUAGAUAUUGUUGUAGAACACCCUUCAUGGCAGUGGUGUUCCCAGGGGGCAGUGUCCUCUUUCAGCAGGAUGAUACACCCUGCCACACUGCAAACACUGUUCAGGAAUGGUUUAAGGAACAUGGCAGAGAUCAAGUUGUUGUCUUUGCCUCCAAAUCCAAUCCAUGGAAGCCCCAUCUCACAACUUGCAGGACUUAGUGAAUUUGCUCCUAGUGUCUUGGUGCCAGAUUCUGCAGGACACAGGUCUUGUGGAGUCCAUGCCUUGACAUAUCAGAGCUGUAUUGACCACACAAGGGGGACUUUCAUCAGGGCUUGACAAAUUUGCUUGGAAUCUAGGCCAGCAAAAAAAGUUAGGAGCCAGGUUUUUCAAUGUCAAAAAUACAAUUCUUAAAGGGACACUAUAGUCACCAGAACCACUACAGCUUAAAGGACCACUAUAGUGCCAGGAAAACAUACUCGUUUUCCUGGCACUAUAGUGCCCUGAGGGUGCCCCCACCCUCAGGGACCCCCUGCCGCCCGGCUCUGGAAGGGGGGAAGGGGUAAAAACUUACCUUUUUCCAGCGCUGGGCGGGGAGCUCUCCUCCUCCGAUCCUUCUCCGUUCCGCCCCGUCGGCUGAAUGCGCACGCGCGGCAAGAGCUGCGUGCGCAUUCAGCCGGUCGCAUAGGAAAGCAUUUACAAUGCUUUCCUAUGGACGCUGGCGUGCUUUCACUGUGAAAAUCACAAUGAGACAGCCACUAGAGGCUUUGGGGGAAGGCUUAACCUAUUAAUAAACAUAGCAGUUUCUCUGAAACUGCUAUGUUUAUUAAAACAUGGGUUAACCCUAGCUGGACCUGGCACCCAGACCACUUCAUUAAGCUGAAGUGGUCUGGGUGCCUAGAGUGGUCCUUUAAUGUAGUUGUUCUCGUGUCUAUAAUAUGUCCCUGCACACUUUUCAAUGUAAACCCUGCCUUUUCAGAGAAAAGGCAGUAUUUACAUUGCUGCCUUCUAACACUUCUAGUGACAGUCACUCAGACGGCCUGUGGAGUGCAUCCUGGGUCAGUGUUGCACAGUGUGCAGCACCUACGUAUAGCGUCUUCACGCCAUGCAUCUCUAUGAGGAGAUGCUUAUUGGCGCAGCAUGGUGUUUUGCCACAUAUGCGCAAUAGCCUCCUAUGGGAAAGCAUUCGAUUGACUGAGAUCAUCAAGAUUGAUGAUCGCAGUCAUGGUGGCAGAGCCAGCUGCGGUGAUAUUAGUACAGCGUGGGGGGAAAAGGUAAGAACGCAUUUGCCAUGUGAUUCGAGGGGGACCAGUCAUCUAAACAAAUUUACUCACUGACGCGCACACUCACUGAUGCGCACACACUCACUGACUGACUCAAACACACCCAGUCACUGCAAUAAUCACUCACAUUUAUGUGACUACCCAGCCUCCCUACCUGGGUUCAGAUUUCCCUGUGGUCCAGUGGGGCUUCAGCCCUCUCCCUGCACUGCUCCAUAGAGCGCUGUUUGGUGAUGCCGGGGCCAGAAUGACAUCUUACGGACGGUUGAGGGAGCAGAGCAGGGAGGUUGUUACAGCUCCCUUAUGUGCCUGUCUGCCUCCAAUCUCCAGGAGGCUCCCAUCCGUGCGCACGCCAAAGCUCUCACUUACAAGGCCGGCCGCCCGCCCACGCUCCUCCUGAGCUGGCCAGCCGACUGACCAAUCACCGACACGCACACCCAUGCUCCACUAAUAGUCAGCCGGCCACCUCUGGGGCUGCAUUGUCCAGCAAAUCCCAGGCCCCAGGACAAAAAUCCUAGGGAUUUGUCGAGCCCUGACUUACAUGAUAUUGGGCAUGUGAUUUUAAUGUUGUGGCUGAUAAGUGUAUUUUAUUGCUACACAAGUAUUUAUAUUUUGGUGGUUAAGUUCUUGUUCUACAAUAAAGGCAAGUAGUUGGUGAACUUCCAAAAAAAAAAAGCUUUUAUAAAGUGUACCAAACCCAUAAUGAACCUUUUUCAGCCUUAUAUACAGUCUGAAAAUCUGUAUCAAAGUGUUUUACAUUUUGUACCUGCAAGAUGUUACCAAAGUGAUUAGCAAUUCCACAUUACGGCUAAUAUUCUCGUACAGUAGAUGAUCUCUUCCACACCAGCGUUACUCUGAGGCUUAACUGUCCCUUUAAGGCUGAACUUUCUGUCCUUUCAUCCAGGACAUUGAGUCGUUGAUGUCAGAGGGGAACAAGUCUCGCACAGUGGCUGCAACCAACAUGAAUGAGGAGAGCAGUCGAUCACAUGCGGUCUUUAACAUCAUCCUGACUCAUACGCUGUGUGAUGUCAAGUCUGGGGUGAGUGCAUCCUGCAGUGCUGCAAUAUUGGAUUUCCUUGUUAUUUUUGCCCAUGCCUACUCCAUAUUGCAAUCUUUCACCACCCCCCCUUUAAAAUAAAUUCAUUCUCACUUUGCUCCCCGUAUACAUUGUUCCUAUUCUACUGCAUCUUUCUUUCAGAAGAUCCUUGACCCAACAUAUAUAUAUUUUUUUAAUAGGUUUAACCUGUCAUUUUGCUGUGACUUUUUUGUACGGUUAUUGUAAAGCUGUGACACUUUAUUAUUAGUGACUAGCAUAAUUAUUCCUGUUUGAGUAAACCUGUUAAUAAACAUUAAUCCUGCCAUACUUUUUAUCAUCUGAGCACCUGCAUAUUCACGGUUCUACUCCCUCAUGAACCUAGUAUAGUAUGUACGGUACAAAAUAGACCUUUUAUUCCACACCUAUAUGAAUCGACCAUACAGAAUGUACCUGUGGGGUUUCUCCAUUGAAUAAGACUUAACAGGUAAAUCCCCGAAUAUCAAUUCUUUUGGUGUGAAUUAAUAAAAUUUCGAUUCAGAGGAACGGUCCUAAAAAAUGUUUGCACAAGCCUAUCACAAACCAGCCAAUUUGAAGAACAUUUGUCCAUGUGUUGUGACAUAGUAUAUAAUAUAUAAGUAAAAAGAUCAUAAAUUAUUAUAGUGCACUCAGUAGAUGCCUCUGAUACUCAUUUUUACAGUUUUUUUUUUUACCUUUUUCCUACUUGGAUGAGAAUGCAGAGCACCUGCAGAACUGUCGGGGAAAUUUAAAUAUAAAAAGAUAAAAGGAAUAAAAGCACUCUAUUAAUCAAAGACCAGCUUGGAGGCAAGCUGCUUCUCACAUGUGAUAUUCAUUAAAAAAAAAAAAAAAAAAAGGACUUGUUGAAGCAAGCGGAUUUUAGUGCUGAAAUACCCCAAGAUAUAAAUAAAAAUGAUCUUAACCCCCACAGAACAAGCACGAUCCUUUAAAAGAAAAUAAAAUAAAAUAAAAAUGUAAAGCUGUAUAAAACCAACAAUCUCAGAAUCCAUAUCAGCAGGCACUGUUUGCAUUGCUUUAACCCCUUAAGGACCACAUUUCUGGAAUAAAAGGGAAUCCUGACAUGUCAUACAUGUCAUGUGUCCUUAAGGGGUUAAGCGACCCGGAUUCUGCAAGUUUUCCAGCUCAUGGUCAUUUCUCUAGCCUUAAAGGCUCUUCUCCUGGCAAGGUAUAAUUGCAGUUUGCAAUCUGCUUUAGUUUAGGCCCUGAAUAGUUUCCAUUAAAACAUUGAUCUUUUGUUGCCUGCGUUAAAGAAGGAGCGUUACUUUGUGACCGGCAUUCUUUAAAGGGUUGAUGGAAUCUGUGAUGGGAACAACAAUCCUUGACGGCUGGAAAGUCCAUGUAAAUCAAAUCUGAUUCUACUGUAUCCCCACAGUUAUGAUAUUUAAAUUGCGGUCAAGACUUAUAUCUGUGGUGACCAUAGAACAGUAACAACAACAGUAGAUAAGAACCUGAUGAUAAUACCGGGUGAAGUUAAUACGUCUACAAUUUUUAAUAAUACAGAUAAUUCAAAAUGAAAAGUUACUUAUAUUUGUAGUUUCUGCAGUGAAUUGUGCCGAUAUGUGAAUCAGGAUGUGAUUCAGCCAAUUAAGAUACUCCCUUUUCUUUUAAUAGCAAUGGUGAGCAGUAUUAUACUGUAAAAAUCAGACUAGUCUAAACUCCUAGAAACCAUCACAGUGUGUCACAUACACUUGUGUUUUUAUUUGAGUACAAAGGGUUAAAACUGAGAUGGGGAGGUAGGGGCAGUAAGAGCAGGUUUAUGGACAUAUUAAAACAAACACCCAGCAAGGCUCAAUGUAACCUAAUCUGCACAUUGCAUCUGACAUGUGGCUGUCUGUGAGUGUCCCUUUAAACCAGGGGUGCCCAAACGGUAGAUCCCCAGACGUUUAAGAACUACAGCUUCCAUGAAAAUGUGUAAUUCUAAAGCAUUCUAUAGACAGUUAGAGCAUCAUGGGAGUUGUAGUUCUACAACAUCACUGUGUGGAUGCAUUUUGCACCCUCCGUGGAGCAUCUUUUCACAGUUGACAAUUGGUCCCAAUGGCGACAUCUUGUGGUGGAUGUGAGAACACUGUAUAUAAGGAUGGGCUUUGCAGUGAUAAACUAUUAGCGGUCAUCACAUGCACAGAGGAACGUCAGUCUGAGCUAUAUGUACAUUGCUAAUGUCAACAGCCAUAUCCGCUGUCUAGCUUGUAACAGCACUGUGCAGAGUAAAUACAGCUCUCUUCUGCAGCGUGCUAAAAGCUGUGUCUUAAUUCUAGCUGCUCAUGUCCUGACGCCAAGGGCCACGUUAUCUGAAACAUAUUGUGGUUUCCUGAAGAUGGCAUUUUAAGCAAAACCUCUGUUUCCUAGAGAGAAUUAAAAAUGAAUGAUUACUCCACAGACAGAGCAUUGAUACAUUUCUCUGAUGGAUUUACUUCCUAUUUAAAGAGACACUCCAUAAUAGUCCACCUUGUGACAUUUGCAGGGGGCAAUCGAAUGACCGAAAUAUUUGUUCCAAUUCACUUUCCACCUCCAAUGUCCAAAUACUAUUAAACCUUGAGCUGCUGUGCCACGUGGCAUGUGAAGAGCCGUUGUUGCCGUACUAAUAAAUGCCGUCCAGCAUGUGACACAGCCAGCUGCAAGUAGUUCCAUUCAUGAAAAAGAGUAAGUAAACAGCGACUUGCAUGCAACUUGCAUGGGGUCUUUAUUUUAUGGAUUCUAUUACUUACUAUGAGAGCUGUGCUGCUUACUUCCCAGGGUGUCAAGGGUUUGAGUGGCCAAUUCCUGGCUAGCAAUCCCAAAUAUCUGCUCAACUCUCUAGCCAAACAAGCCUUCUUUUCUGGUGCUCUUCCCACGUCAUGUCACCAGUGGAACACGAUUUAUUUUUAAAAAGGUUCGUCAUUAUGUUGCAGAAGCACUAUACCAGGGUGCAUCUAAUUGGUCGGGAAAAGGUGUUCUAUGUGUAUCUUGUAUUGUAAAGAAAUAUUUCAAGGAAUUCUGAGCUUCAGAGCAUGUUUGUCUGUCCGUUUACGAUGCCAUGUUGUCGUACAAGGUUUGUUCUGAUUAGUGUUUGCCCUCUGUAGUAUCUAUGGUGGGAAUUCACUCCCGGAUAAAAACUUUGUGGAGAAAAGAUAAAUAUAUUCACACAAACAUUCUAUUGGUUUCCAUGGUUUACUUUUUUUUUUUCUUUUUUAAAGCUUUGUCCAAAACUAUAAUGUAAUUCACAAUCUUUUCAGUGGCUUGUUCCUGUUUGCUUAGCUAUAUGGCUUCUUUUAAAAAAAAAAAAAAAAUAUAUAUAUAUAUUUUUUUAUAUUUAAUGUGUGUGUGUAUAUAUAUUUGUUUGUGUAUAUAUUGAUUUCUUUCAUUUUUUACAUAUGUACAUUAAGUUUUUAUUUUUCGUACAUGAAAAUUAAAAAAAAAAAGGUUAUACAUAACCCUUUGUUUUGGUUGUUUUUUUUUUUUGUUUUUUUUUUUCAUUAAAUCUUUUUGAGCCUGGCGAUAUUUAUCGGGACAUGUAGAGCAGUGCUGUGCAGACCAGCAGAAUAUAUUUGUAACAUUGACAGUGGUACGAAGUGCUUCAUGCUUUGACCUUUUGAUAUCUCUUCUUAGAAUGUUGAGAUGUUAAUCAUGUAUUACUUCUUCCCCCAGACAUCGGGUGAAAAAGUGAGUAAAUUAAGUCUGGUAGAUUUAGCCGGGAGUGAAAGAGCAACCAAGACUGGGGCAGCUGGUGAACGGCUAAAAGAAGGAAGCAACAUCAACAAGUAAGAUCUGGAAUCCUCUUUGGUGCCCACCUAUUUCUGUUUUCUUUAAUUAGUGGGUUACCAUGUAAACCCCAAGCACCCUCUCUGUUUAGGGUUAUACCGUGUAAACCUGUGACUCCCUUUGAAUAAAACACUCCCGUCGUAGGUUCUUUAUCAAUGUUUAUAUUAAUCUGAGAAAGCACAAAACCCUUAUCUCAUGUCUUUAUUAAUUAUCGAAUUACAUAACAGCUCACAUGUUUGCAUCUAAUCUUUUUUUAGACCUUGUUUUUUCCCUCUAAGAUAUCUGCAUCUAGGAAAUAAUUUUGUUUCCCUUUUGUGCCAAUAUCCAGCAUCUCGCUUUUGAGACACCAACACACUGUUUACUUGUAUAACAAGGCAUAGGAAGACUGUUUAAUAUUUGCUGCAGCAAAUGUUAAAAUCGUACUGAUCACAUUAUUACUUGUGUUGGGUUUAAAAUAGUUCUCCCAUCAUGCACCUGAGCACCACUUUCUGAUUAGUUGAUACAUUUUUGAACCUUGCUUUUUUCAUGGGCAAAGAUUGUUGAAGUAGAGACUCGAUAUGUCUUUAGAAAUUACGUACCAGUCAUUUUAACUUUUGAUAAACUUUCUGUAUGCUUUGUGAUGUUUUUAAAAUCUUAUUAAUAGAUUAUUAAUAGAUUUUUUGCUGUAGUUUUUACUCCGUUACAUGUAUUAUUUUAUUGAUUUCAGGUCCCUCACUACCCUGGGCCUUGUCAUCUCUGCCCUGGCAGACCAAGGUGCCGGCAAGAAUAAAAACAAAUUUGUCCCGUAUCGGGACUCUGUCCUGACCUGGCUGCUAAAAGUAAGUUUAAUGGCUUAGAGUUUUCUACAGACCUAUUCCAGUCCGAUUUCAUGUCCAGUUAUUGAAUGACAUGCGAGUAGCUUCAGGUGUGUCUGACAUUUUUGCUCUUUGUGUUUCAAAAUGAAAAGAUAGAAUCAUAUGGUUGUCAGUAGACAGACCAACAUCUCACAUCUAAUGUAUCACCUGUUCUAGAAUACGACAGAAAGCAUUCCCUGUUCGGAAAAACAUGCAACCCAGCCAAGUUGGUAAAAUCUCACUGAGGUUGUUGUCAGUAAAUUCCCGACCCUGCAACUUAAAUGUACACACACCACCCGUCACCAAACCUAACAUUCCUUUUAUGUGACAGUGAUGUCCUCCUGUGUUCUUUCCCUGUGAUUUCUUGUGGUUCUGAAUACAGGAAAUUGCAGUUGAUAACUGAAGCCAGCAUAUACCCAGAUUUUUUAUUUAUUUUUUAAAUUUCUCUUAGGACAGUCUUGGGGGAAACAGUAAAACUGCUAUGGUGGCCACGGUCAGCCCUGCUGCUGAUAACUAUGACGAGACUCUGUCCACACUUAGAUACGCCGAUCGAGCUAAGAACAUAGUCAAUCAUGCCAUCGUUAACGAGGACCCCAAUGCUCGUAUUAUCCGGGAACUGCGCGAGGAGGUGGAGAAACUAAGGGAUCAGCUGACACAAGCAGAGGUAAUUGGACGGAGCCAGGAUGUUGGGGCUUGGUUUGAAAUGCAUCUGUAAUGAGUCGUCAUGUUUUGUGUUUUAUAUAUGCCCUGAUUUAUAAAUUAAAUUGAUCAUGUCAUGUAUUUAUUUUUUCAGUUUUGCUUUGCUUUGUGCUCUUUGUAUCUUAAUGAUUCAACUCCUCCAUUGCCUCUUUUCUUUAUUUAUGUUCUUUCUUCCUUGUGGGAUCCUAUGGGGAAUGUAUCUCCGGAAACCGAUGGGUUAUUCACUUAAGUAUGAAUUGUCAAUCCAAAGUGAAGGCCAAAAUAUCUGAGCUAAAGACAUAGCGGACUUGAAAUAUAAAUAUAUAUAUAUAAAUAAAUAUAUAUAUAUAUAUAUAUAUAUAUAUAUAUAUAUAUAUAUAUAUAUAUAUAUAUAUAUAUAUAUAUAUAUAUAUAUAUAUAUAAAAAAAUAUAUUUUGAGCUGGGAUAUUCACCCAUGUUGGUUUUCUUUAUUUAAUAUUAUUUAUCUAUAUGUGUGUGUGUAAUUCUCUUUCCCAGAGUUCACUACUAAAAUGACAUGCACCAAUGUUGUAUUUAACAUAAUGCCAUUAAUUUAGUCUUUGCAUGACAUAAGCUCACCACAUGUUAAAUCCUUGUUGUUUGCAAUGUAGGCAGAUCUGUGCAACAUGUAGUAUUUCUACUCAACAAGGAGUACAAGGGGAUGAUAUUCUCUAAAAUUGGUGGUUAGUUUUGCUUACAAUGUAGCGUGGAGUGAACUUGUCUAAUUUCACCCAGAGUCUCCAGGUUCAACAGGCAGUACUCUGCAUUCCGUGUCAAACCUGGAGAUUCUGGAUGAAAUCCGUCACAUUACUGGUUAGUAAUGUAUGUUCAUGUUCAUGUUUGUGAUCUUUUGCAGUCUAUGAAGGCUCCUGAGCUCAAGGAACGGUUGCAGGAAUCCGAGAAACUGAUCCAAGAAAUGACGGUUACAUGGGAAGAGAAGCUGAGGAAGACAGAAGAGGUUGCUCAGGUUUGUAAACGUGUCUCUGGUGAUAUUUACUAUUAAGAAGUUUGUUCAUGAAAUACCAAAUUGUAAUAAAUUGAAAACAGCUGUAUGUAGGCAAGGCACACAGAUUUGGGGAAAUCCUUCCACUUCAUUAUAGUAAAGUCAGAAUUUUACAAUUCAUUUUUCCGUUUACUGGAUAAACCCCCAGGUGUUUGUGAUUGGAGAGAUUUUACUUCAGCGUUUUUUUGUUGUUGUUGUUUUUUUUUUGAGCCUCACUCAUUUUCAUGUUUAUCCGAGCGUGGAGUUUUCUCCGGUGUGAAAUUUCGCUGACCUGUUUCCUGUAAAUCUGCAGGCAGAGCGUAUUUAAUUUUAGAUGUUUUAUGAAAAAAAAAAAGACAAACUCAGAGCGUUUCCUAGUAAUUCUAUAUACAGCACAAACCAUUUUUGGCAAUUGUUUCAGAUUUAAUAUUUGUAUUUUUUUUCCAUCUUAAGAUAGUUCUGUGCUUUUUCACAGAGCACAAUUUUUCUGCAUGUAAAACGCAUUGAAGCAUUAUUAUUAAAACUACUACAUUUGCAUUUUAAUAUUGGAACACAGAAUUUGCAGAUACAGUGAUCACGAUGCACUGUGUGUUUGUAUAUAAUCUAUAAUAAAUGUGUUUCCAUAAAAUUAAUGGCAUCCAGUCAUUUACCCCUUGUUUUACAACCCCUUGAAAUAUGAUACUUUAUCAAUAACAUUUAAUGUACAGAAAACGCCUCUUAGCACAGAUGAGGAGUAGGCAACCUCUGCCACUCCGGAUAAUGUGGACUAAAUCUCCCAUGAUGCUUUGCCAGCAUUAAGGGCGAUACAGUGCUGAAGGUUUCCUACCUCUGGCAUAUUGCAAUCAUCUAGUUAAAGGCAAUCUCAUCCUGGCCGGCUCCUAUUUCUGUCUAAUUAGAAGGAGAAAAGAGUCUGCUAUGUUGCUGGUUCUGCCUUUUUUCCUCCUGUCUCCGCGGUUUGAAGUACAGAAGAUAAGGACCUCUUCACUGGUAGAAAGAAAGCUGGGCGCCACAAACACGCUGAUCCGGGAGCUUUUACCCAACAUCUCAUUAUGGGACGGAAAGUAAAUUCUCCUUUCAGCUGAUUAGUUUCCAUUCUGUCGCUAAAGGCUGAGCAGCUGCGAUGCCAUUUAAACCACUCAGAACGUGGCAGCUUUAACACUCUCACUAUACAUUUAAUAAAUAAUUCACGCAAGUCAAAUAACGGCGACACGGGGAAGAAAGCGCCGGAUCUGGACAGAUUAUCCUUUAAUGCUUGUGUCUGCUGCUUCCAUUUGGCACAUUUAAUCCUUCAUUUAAAGUAAAACCUCUUGGUGUUAAUCCUUACAGUACCAUUUAUUAUACUGAUUGACACCCCCCCACCCUCCCCUCCGUACUUUAAGCUUCUAUCCUGUAAACAUGGCAUGCGAUAUGUAGUAGAAAACAAAACUGAACUGCGGUCAAGUCCUACCUGUACGUGCGAUUACGAUCGCCUCAGGCAAUCGUUUCAGCCUUUUUAGGCCCAUGUCAGUGACAUGAAGCUGAUAUCUCUCUAGUGGGGUAUGUCACAAUCCAGGUGAUAAUGUUAUCUGAUCGGCCAAGCCAUGGAUAGGCCUUCACAGUCAUAAUAUGAUUUAUUUCCAUAAUGAGACCAAAUCUAAGAAAUGACCAGUUCUAUUCCCAUUAUGGUGUCCAAAAAAGCCAGAUAUUCUUACAGCACCACCUGCUGGUUAAAUAUUGCACAGAAUUUGCAUGUCAAGUUCAUGUCAAAGGGGAAUCUGUUGCUAAAAUAGAAACGUAGAGGAAGAGUUCCAGAAUAUCACAUUCCGACUUGCACAUCUUUUCAUUGGGUUUGGAAGAUACAGAUCUAUUGCAGGGUUUCUUGUGACUUUUAUCAAGCAUGAGAAGUAUAGGACAAAGCCUGCAUGUAAUUUAAAAUAGUCUGUGUUUUACCUUUAUGAGAUUCCUUUCUGCUAAAGCAGUACUAGCCACAAGGUAACCCCUGAGCAACUUGCACUACAACUCGACAUUUGGCAGAGCAUUAUGGGAGUUGUUCUUUGUUAUCCAAUAUUGAACCCAUUUCAUACUUUCUAAUGUGCAAAGAGACAAUGUUCUUGUGGAGAGCCUGGCUAGAUGCACAAGGCAUUACACAGAGAUUUGUUAGAAUAUUGUUACCCCAUCUCACUGUAAUCCUGAUUCUCACCAUUUCAAUACCUUGCAAAUAAAAAUAAUGUAAUAUUGUGUUUUGGUCUUUAACCCUAUUAUUCUGCAACUCCUCUGUUUCUUUUUUUAUGGGCUGUUAAAGUAGGAUCAAAAAACACAUUUUGAGAUUGGAUGAAUAAUAUUUUGUACAUGCAUACGGAUAUGGAAAAUAUUUAAACUUCGCUUUGCAGAACAAACAAAAAAAAUAAAAAAUAAAAAAUCAGAUUGUGGGUGUUAUCUGUGGGCAGCUAACUUGGCAAUAACGAGGUUAAAUAGCCAUCAGCAUGAUAGUAUUUCAGAGAGGAAGCUAUGUAUAGCAAGACCAGAUUGUUUUCUGCCUGUGUCUUAAAAUACCUUCCUGUGGUCUAAUCCAUUCUUUAUUGUGCAUUUUAUUACUGCUUCCAUUUGAGGCACCCUAAAUGUUUUGCUGGAAAAGUGGUUGGGGCACAGAGACAUGGUUGGGGACUUUGGUCUUCAGAGGAAGCUUUGUUACCUUUAGUAUAUAGUGUUAGAAAUGCUAUUUAAACUUUGUAUUAUUCUUGUAUUUAGGUUGCUAAAUUUUAUAUUGAUCACAUUUUUUUCCCAGGAGCGGCAGAAGCAGUUGGAAAGCCUUGGAAUUUCUCUUCAGUCUUCAGGGAUCAAAGUCGGAGAUAAUAAAUGCUUUCUGGUUAAUUUAAAUGCAGAUCCAGCACUCAAUGAACUUCUGGUUUAUUACCUAAAGGUGAGCUGCAGAAAGAGUAACUGCUAACUGGCAUGUUCCUGUCUCCUGGGCUUACGGAACUAAAUCGAAUCCUAGAAUCUGUGUUACUGUGACUUUUCAAAUUCCAAACUCUGCAAGCCCGUAUCGCUUCAAUAUGGCUGAAUAUUGCCCAGUUUGCCAUUUGCCACUGAAGACCAGAAAUAUGUUAAUAGCAUUUGGGUGCUUUAGUCUAGUCUAGAUAGUAGUUAUCCAGGGAAUUAACCACUUCCCUUCCAGUACAAACAUUUUUAAUGUUAUGUUCAUUUAGUCCAUACAGCCUCCCUCACCCUCAUGUGUUUUCUACGAAUGAUUGCAACUAUGUAGAGGAACAAAUUUAUGUGCGAAGAGCCUCUAGUCACUCAUUUAGUGUCUGCAAGUGUCAGGUUGUAGUAUAAAAACCCAAAAGGCUGUAUUGGCAGAGGUAGAAAAAAAUUCUAAAAGGAAGUUCAAGGCAAACCUACCCAGAUAGUGCAAUGCAAAGACAAGGUCAGACAGUUCAAGGUCAAAUAUCCGGGCAGCAAGGUUCAGAAGUGGAGGGGCAAGCCAGAGGUCAAAUAAUCCAGGGAAGCAGAACAAAAUUACAGGUAGUUUGCAGGAAGGUAGCACAGAACAAAUGAGCAAUGAUCGCACAGCUGUUAAUAGUUUAAACUCUGUUUACAGCUGCAGGGUUAACCCUAGAUGGAUUGAGCUGAAGUGGUCUGGGUGCCCAUAGUGGUCCUUUAAGCUUUCAAUAUACGUAUGUAUGAAAAUGCAAAAAUUAAUUUAAAUUUGCCGUAAAAGCAAUCUAUAUAUAAAUUGCCGUUUUAUUAUAUAUUUACACUGAUCAGCCACAAUAUUAAAACCGACAGGUGAAGUGAAUAACCUUAAUUCUAUUGUUACAAUGUCACCUGUCAAUGGGUGGGAUAUAUUAUGCAGCAGUAAACAGUCAGUUCUUGAAUUUCGUGUGUUGGAAGUAGGAAAAAUGGGCAAGUGAAAAUAUGAGUGACUUUGACAAGGACCAAAUAUUAAUGGCUAAAUGACCAGGUCAGAGCAUUACCAAAACAGCAAGUCUUGCGGAGUGUUCCUGCUAUGCAGUAGUUAGUACCUAUCAAAAGUGGUGCAUGGAAGGACAACUGGUGAACUGGUGUCUGGGUCAUGGGCACCCAAGAUGAUGCAUGUGGGGGGCAAAGCCUGGCCUUUUUGUUCCGAUCACACAGAAGAGCUACUGUAGCUCAAAUGCUGAAAAACCUAAUUCUGUCCAUGACUGAAAUGUGUCAAAACACCUACGCAGUCCCAUACACAUUGCAGUUUGCUGUGUAAGAAACUGCGUAGCAACUGUCAGGUCAGAGUGCUGAUGAUCCUUGUCCACUAUCGAAAGGGCCUUCAAUGGGGACGAGAAUGUCAGAACAGGACCAUGGAGCAGUGAAAGAAGUUUGCCUGGUCUGAUGAAUCCUGUUUUCUUUUAGAUCAGGUGGAUGGCCCAUUGCACGUGUGUCGUUGACCUGGGAAAGAGAUGGCAGCAGGAUGCACUAUGGGAAGAAGGCAGGCCGGUGGAGGCAGUGUUAUGCUCCGGGCAAUGGGAAACCUUGGGUCCUGGCAUUUAUGUAGAUGUUACACACAUACCACCUAUCUAACAAAAAUUGUUAAGGAAUAGUUUGAGGAACAUGACGAGUUCAUGGUGUUGCCUUGGUCUUCAAAUUCCCCAGAUCUCAGUCCGAUUGAGAAUCUGUGGGAUGUGCUGGAACAACAUGUCCAAUCCAUGGAGGUCCCUCCUCACAACUUGCAGGACUUAAAGGAUCUGCUGCUAAUGUCUAGCUGUGCCAGAUACCACGGGAUACUUUAAGGGGUCUUGUGGAGUUCAUGCGUCGAUGCAUCAAAGCUGUUUUGGCCGCACAAGUUGGAUGUAAAUGAUAUUGGGCAGGUGGUUUUAAUGUUGGAUCAGUGUACCUAUGCACACCUUGUUUUAAAAAAACAAACAAAAAAAAACAUGCUAUUCUAAUUGUUUUUAUUUUAUUUUUUAAAACGUGUUUGGCAGUGAAGGGGUUAACACCCAUGUUGCAAAGCUACCAUAAGAAACUCUAAAAUCUAUAUUUCCAAUUUAAUUAUUUUGAUAUUUAUUUUGCUUUGGCGAUGAUAUUGUUAUCUGGACCAGAUGGUCUUCGGUGACUUGUAUUACAUGCUUGAUUGUUUUAAUAAAGCAAUAAAUGUAUAAAUAUAUUAUUGAUUGAUUGUCCUGCAAUAUUGUACUGUGUCUGAUUCUAUUGCCGGUUGUCUCUUUGUGGCCCAUUCUUGGAUUUGAAGAGAGAUGGAAUUAUAGAACACUGUAGUGUCAGGAAUACAAAUGUAAAGGAUACCUUUACCCCCGGUUAAAAAGGUUGGAUGAAUCACCUUUUUCUGGUGCCCCUUUGGCUGAAACCAUCAAACUUGAUGAUCUCCGCAUUGGAGGAUGAUCUCUGCUAAUCUAAUGCGCAUGUGCUGCAUUAAUCAGCAUCUCCUCUUAGAGAUGCAUUGAAUUGGUGCAUGUCUAUGGGGAGCAUUCAAUAGCUCCAUGCAGAGCUUAAAGACUCUGAAAAACAGUGCUGCACAUUGUGCGGCACUGACCCAGGAAGCACCUUUUAGUGUAUCCUAAGGCAGUAAUGUAAACGCUGCAUUUUCUCUGAAAUACCAUAAAUACCAUAACAAUUAUAUUAAGCUGUAGUUGUUCUUGUGACUAUAAUGUCCCUUUAAUCUAAGGGAGUGUGUGUAUGUAUGUAUGUAUAUGUGUGUAUAUAUAUAUAUGUGUUUGUAUAAAGGCUUUCUUUUAUACAUUGUUUGUAAAUGCAUUACUCCACUUCAAACCAGUUUUAGUUUAUUUACAGUAUUGUACCAUUAUGUGCCAUUUUCUGUUCUUUUAGGAUUGUCUGUAUCUCUACUUUGUCUACAUUGUAAAGCCAUUUGCUUUGUUAUAUAUAUAUAUAUAUAUAUAUAUUCACAAAAGUGAAUACACCCCUCACAUUUUUGUAAAUAUGUUUUAUCUUUUCAUAUGACAACACUAAAGAAAUGACCCUCUGCUACAAUGUAAAGUAGUAAGUGUACAGCCUGUAUAACAGUGUGCAUUUGCUGUCCCCUCAAAAGAACUCCACACACAGCCAUUACUGUCUAAACCAUUGGCAACAAAAGUGAGUACACCUUUAAGUGGAAAUGUCCAAAUUUGGCCCAAAGUGUCAAUAUUUUGUGUGGCCACCAUUAUUUUCCAGCACUGCCUUAACCCUCAUGGGCAUGGAGUUCACCAGAGCUUCACAGGUUGUCACUGGAGUCCUCUUCCACUCCUCCAUGAUGACAUCACGGAACUGGUGGAUGUUAGAGACCUUGAUCUCCCCCACCUUCCGUUUGAGGAUGCCCCACAGAUGCUUAAUAGGGUUUAGGUCUGGAGACAUGCUUGGCCAGUUCAUCACCUUUACCUUCAGCUUCUUUAGCAAGGUAGUUUUCGUCUUGGUGUGUUUGGGGUCUUUAUCAUGUUGGAAUACUGCCCUGCGGCCGAGUCUCCAAAGCGAGGGGUAUCCUGCUCUGCUUUAGUAUGUCACAGUACAUGUUGGCAUUCAUGGUUCCCUCCAUGAACUGUAGCUCCCCAGUGCUGGCAGCACUCAUGCAGGCCCAGGCCAUUACACUCCCACCACCAUGUUUGACUGUAAGCAAGAUACACUUGUCUUUGUACUCCUCACCUAGUUGCCGCCACACACGCUUGACACCAUCUGAGCCAAAUGAGUUUAUUUUGGUCUCAUCGGACCACAGGACAUGGUUCCAGUAAUCCAUGUCUUGAGUCUGCUUGUCUUCAGCAAUCUGUUUGUGGGCUUUCUUGUGCAUCUUCUUUAGAAGAGGCUUCCUUCUGAGACUACAACCAUGCAGACCAAUUUGAUGCAGUGUGCGGCGUAUGGUCUGAGCACAGGCAGGCGGACCCACCCCUUCAACCUCUGCAGCAAUCAUAUGUCUAUUUUUCAAAGAUAUGACGCUGAGCACGUGCACUCAACUUCUUUGGUGGACCAUGGCAAGUCCUGUUCUGAGUGGAACCUGUCCUGUGAAACCACUGUAUGGUCUUGUCCACCAUGCUGCAGCUCAGUUUCAGGGUCUUGACAAUCUUCUUAUAGCCUAAUCCAUCUUUAUGUAGAGCAACAAUUCUUUUUUUCAGAUCCUCAGAGAGUUCUUUGCCAUGAGGUGCCAUGUUGAACUUCCAGUGACCAAUAUGAGAGAGUGUGAGAGCGAUAACACCAAACUUAACACACCUGCUCCCCAUUCACACCUGAGACCUUGUAACACUAACGAGUCACAUAACACUGGGCAGGGAAAAUUACUAUUCGGACCCAGUUUGGACAUUUCCACUCAGGGGUGUACUCACUUUUGUUGCCAACGGUUUAGACAUUAAUGGCUGUGUGUUGUUAUUUUGAGGGGACAGCAAAUUUACACUGUUAUACAGGCUGUACACUUACUACUUUACAUUGUAGCAGAGUGUCAUUUCUUCAGUGUUGUCACAUGAAAAGAUAUACUACAAUAUUUACAAAAAUGUGAGGGGUGUACUUACUUUUCUGAGAUACUGUAUGUGUUUGUGUAAAUAUAUAUAUAUUUAGAUUUUGCACAGGGUGUGGUGUGAGAACAUAUAUGCCAUUUUUAAUGUUUGGGCGAUAGAGGAGGUAGCGUGUGAUUUUUCGUAACUCUGCUUUACAUAUAAAAUGUCACGGCUGCCAUAAAUCAUUUCCUCUUUCCUCCAUCCAGUCAGCCUGUGUGUCUCUGUGAACGCGUUUGGGCCUCGGCUCUGCUUUGUGUUGUUUAUAUAAUCAUUCUGUGUGUUUAGAUUCUUGUAUUGCCACACAGUUACACAGCUCUUGGUCCUGGAAUCAUUAAAUCCAGUAUUUGGUAUAGAAUGCUGGGUUUGAAACGUUCCCGUCUGUUCUAUAACAAAUUUAAGUUGUUCUUAUUCUGAUUCACCUCUGUUUCGGCAGGUAUAUUAUUCCAUGCCUCUAAUUUAGAGCUAGGUGAUUUCUGUGUUUUGUCCUUUAUGAUGAGUCCUGGUCCGGUUUCCGCUGUGUCAGGGGCACGUUAAUGAGGGUGCUGCCUUGGAGUGUGAGAGCCUGUUGUUUUCCUUUUGCUUAGUAAUCAAACCCUCAUGCAGAGUGGAAAUCCUAUCCCAGCCUAACAGACAGCUCCUUUCUUAUCUGAUGACUUGUGGGAAUAAUGGAGGGCUGUGUGUGGGCUCUGUGGAGUGAUGCCAGUAAUAGUCUCUCCAUGAUUGGACCCGCCUGCCUUGGAUCAGAAUCUCAAUCUUUCUCUGCAUUCCCCUAAUGUACUGUACAAGGUCAGUCAGACUGGAUCUGUUAAAAUGCAGGGUGUACUUAAUGCAGUGCUAACUGUCUGUGUGCAAUGAGGAUCUACUGCAUGCAGUGCUAACUGUCUGUGUGCAGUGAUGAUCUGUUAUAAUGCAGUGCUAACAGUCUGUGCAGUGAGGAUCUACUGUAAUAAUGUGCAGUGAGGAUCUACUGUAAUGCAGUGCUAGCUGUCUGUGUGCAGUGCUAACAGUCUGUGCAGUGAGGAUCUACUGUAAUGCAGUGCUAGCUGUCUGUGUGCAGUGCUAACAGUCUGUGCAGUGAGGAUCUACUGUAAUAGUGUGCAGUGAGGAUCUACUGUAAUAGUGUGCAGCGAGGAUCUACUGUAAUGCAGUGCUAGCUGUCUGUGUGCAGUGAGGAUCUACUGUAAUAGUGUGCAGCGAGGAUCUACUGUAAUGAAGUGCUAACAGUCUGUGCAGAGAGGAUCUACUGUUAUGCAGUGCUAACUGUCUGUACAGGGAUGAUCUACUGUAAUGCAGUGCUAACUGUAUGUGUGCAGUGAAGAGGUGUCUAAUGCAGUGCUAACCUCUGUCAGUCUCAGAGAAUCUAAUUUACUACAUUGUCAUAACGCAGUGCUAAAUGACAUCACUGUGCAAUAUCUUCUCCUUAUAUGAUGGCUGAGCAGUUGUUUAGAUGCAGUGCUGUCAUGUGGCAGUUUCUGAGGUUAUAAUGUAAUCCAGAGCUAGGUGCUAUCACUGCAGUAUCUGAAGCUAUAACGUAAUGCAGUGCACACUGCGUUAGCGGGGAGUAGAAUUCUAUGCAAUCCCGCAGUUUCUAAUGCACAUCCAAUGCUAGUAUUGUUUUGCUUAUCGAUUGGUUAUUAUUUUACCGUUUGACUGUAUGUCUAGAUCUUUAUUCCAGAAAGGAUACCCAGAACUGUGCCCUAUCCAGAGGAUUCGUGAAAAGUCGCUUUAUUUAUGCUGGUGAUGGGUAUUGUUCUCAUGUUUUAUGUCUGGAUCUCUUGCAGGAUCACACGUUAAUCGGGUCGGCUGAUUCCCAGGACAUCCAGUUAUGUGGAAUGGGUAUUCUGCCUGAACACGGAAUCAUUGACAUCUCCCAGGACGGGCAGGUUGUACUCACACCAAUGAAAAACACCAGGUAAUUAGUGUAUAUAUCAAAAAUCAAAUGACCUACCACAUCUGGACCCACAAAUCUUUAAAGAUUAAAGGGGCAGUAUCAUGACAAGUAUGACACUCGUUAUGACACAUUAGUUUUGUCGACUCAUUAUGGGCCUCUGCCACAGAGUUAAUAUCUGUCAUUGCCAUCCAAGAUUAAAUGUCUAUAGAUAAUGCAGAAGAGAAGUUCCACAUUCUGUGUAAAAGUAGCUAGGUUACCAGUAUUUGUUUUUUUUUUUUUUCUUCUUCAGACCACUUAAGAUGCUAGACCACUAUAACAAAUACUAAAAGCUGCGGCGGGUGCUUAGUGUACCUUUAAAUAUUUACCUGUAUAAUAACAGCAUCCAAAUCCCGGAAUUGCAGAAGAUAGAGCUGCCUGCGCAACCAAAUCCCCCCAAAUAUAAUGCAUAAUAUAAAUUGUGGGGGGCCAUGCUUGUGACGUGUGCGUGCACAGCUGUCACAGAUUGAUGCAGUGGGUAUCUUAGAAGAAAGCAGACUUGAUGUAAAUGGAAGCAUGAUCCAUCUACACAUGCUAAUGGUGAUUUGGUGGAAGCAUAUUAUUGAUUAAAUGUUUGAAAGCGAUCUCGUGUGGGUCUCUAGGUAUUUGUGAUAAAAGGCAUAUUGCCAAAAAAAUUAGUAAAAGUUAAAAAUCUGUCCAUUAAGGCGACUUUUAAUUAAAAGACCGUUAUUUUGUCAAUUUGUGUUCUUUAUCUGCUUUUGAGAUCUUUUUAAUCCACUUGUAGUUUUGUAUCGGCUCAUACCCAAUAUAACUAUCUGCUCAAUAAUUUGUAUUUACUUCCACAUAGUUAGUGCAAUGAGAGAACUUUGUACAAAAUUAGAUUUUAUAACCGUUUUGUAUUUUUUUUUUUUUUUUUCAUUCCUUCCCAGAACAGUAAUAAAUCUUCAUUAGCAGCUACCAAACUUUAACUGUCCUGUUUGCGGAGAGUGUUGGUUAUGUUGGAAGGCCACGUGUGCCCCUGCCUUACGUUACAGUGUGCGCACUCACAAGAUAAUGCAGUUGCCAGUGAAAUUGUAGCAGGGCUGUAUAAAAAUGGCAAAUGCUAAUUAAGCAGGCCGUUCCAUACUGCCAUGGGGUGUUUACAAACCAGUUUGGGAUGAUUGGUGCUCAAAGGGCCAUGCGUUACUUAGAGCCCCGUGUCUCAUUCAAAAACGUUAUCUUAGAAUGAUACAGUUGUCUCACUCUACAGGAUGAAAAAAAAUAUAUUUUUUUUUCCCCAAAAAAAUUUACUUAUGCUAAGCACACCCACUCCAGGAGGAACAUCAAACUGAAGUGCUUUAGGUGUUUGGAGUCUUUGUUUGAGGGAUUCAUAUAUUCUAUUUUAUUACAAUUGCAGAACAAGUCUCUGACCUACUUGUGGAUCUCUGUUCUAAUGCCAUGUUCAUUAUUUUAUUGCAAAAAAGUCCUAAAAGUGGGGUUUAAUGUUUGCAAAUAUAACAAUUAUUUGCAUGGCACCCUCCUAUCCAAUGUACUCGGUAAUUAUUUAUACAAUGAAUAAUAUAUUCAUUUCUGUGUAAUAAUUUUGGUUUGCUGCUUUGAAUGCUGUUUUCAGUUCUGUUGUGCAUCCUUGUCUACAUUUAGAAAUGCAUUCCCCAGGACCAAAAUGGCAUCUGCUUUAUUCCAGACCUGCUAAUUAUGAUACUGGCUAUUUACUAAGUGAGCUGAGCCUCUGCAGAUUUUUUAGGUUGGUGGUGAAGGCUUGUAAUAUAUCAUAAACCAUGGUGAAUGUGCCAAUUUGGUUUCUGGAUUCAGAUCAGGCAGAGUGUGGAUUGCGUCUGAUCUUCUCCUGAUUUGAUCUACUGUUGGUUUGUAGACCACUUUUGCCCACUAGGUGGUGCUCAGGCUCCCUCACUAGAAGUCCCAGAUUCCUCUGUCAGUGUGCCCAGAGGGGAAGUUUGAAACCAGGUGAAAUUGGAGAUUUUAGAGAACUAAAUCCUCAUUACCUGGGAGAAAGUUUACAGAUUGCUGUCAUUAGUGCCCUAGAACUUUCAGCUGAGAGCCAGUGGGAGCGAUUUCUCGGAUGGGGUAAGCAGGUAAGCAGAAAUGCCCAGUAGGCUCUGUUCUAUUUGGGAAAAUCUUUUAGCCAGAAAUAAAAGGCUAUAAAGUGUGCCUGCUUUCUCAUUUCUUAUCAAUCAUUUUGAAUAUAAAUUGAUUUGAAUUAAACCCCUACGUACCCAAGAGGCAAAUUAUUGUCUUUAGGGUUAUAUCCAGGUUAUAUGCACAAAAUGAACCCAAUCAAUGCCAUUAGCACAGAGAAAUAGUCUUUCAUUCAAAGGCUGUUACCACUGGUUUGCCAUCCAGGAAAUCAAUUUGCUUCCUUCUGUGCAUCUUUCUGCAUUUAAUGACAGAUGCAGAUUUGUUAAUGUGGCGCAUUCCCCGCAUGCUUUCUUUAAUGUGAACCUGUAACAAGCCUGUUCAUGCUUCCUCCAUCGCCAUGCACGGGACAGGGAUCUUUUAAUAAGGACAGGAGCAAUGUAAUGUAAAUAGAACUUUAAAUGGUGCUAAGACUAAUAUCAGAACUGGACAGGCUGUGACAGACCGUUACACUGUCCCGAUCUUAUUCAGAGACUAAUUUAAAAAAAAUUAUGAACUUCAAAAUAUUGUUUUAGGGACAGAGGAGUUGGAUUUUGUUUCAGUUUUCGAUAUUUACAAUUUGGACACACAGUUCCUUGGUUAUUUCCUGUAGUGGUUCCACUUUGUUCUAAAUCUCUUUAUAGUGACCUGUAAGCAUGAGUCUGUCAGAAUCCUGGGGAAAACAUUGUAUCCCAGAUCCUUAGUGGUAUCUGUGCAUCUGCAGUUUAAUAUUGGGAUGUCCACCAGUGUGUGUAUCUGUUUCAAUGUAUGUCUUUAUAGUAUAUUAUUUUUUGUUUUUGUAAAUCUGUUUUAUUGUUUUUUACAAAGAUUUAGUUUUGUUUAUUUUAAUAAUUUUGCAUUCUUUUCUGCAGAACAUUUGUAAAUGGCUCCACUAUUACCAAUCCCACACAGCUUCAUCACGGAGACCGAAUACUGUGGGGCAAUAAUCACUUCUUCAGGUACCAAAUCUCCUUACAUCUCAACAUUCUCCUUGUAGAAAAUAUGCUUCUAAACAGUGGAGUUAGUUAUGGGAAAAAUGUAUAUUGCACGGAUACAUGGAACUCACUCUAGAAAUGUUACUAGUAAAAAACAUAUGUAUAUAGAAUGCACACUAUAACAAUCUCAAAAAAACUUAGCUUUAUUAUGUACAAAAAAGUACCACAGUGAAAACAUAUAAGAAAAAAUAAGCAAAGUGACAGAAGCAAGGGCAAACACAUAAAAAUAAUAAUAAAUGACCACAAAAAUUCUUACAAGCCUCAAGACAGAAACGUUGGGGGGGGGGUUUGGUGACUCGUGUUUCUGUCUUGAGGCUUGUAAGAAUUUUUGUGGUGGUUUAUUAUUGUAUUGUAUUGUAUUUGCCCUUGCUUCUGUCACUUUGUUUAUUUUUUCUUAUAUGUUUUCACUCUGGUACUUUUUUGUACAUAAUAAAGCUAAGUUUUUUUUGAGAUUGUUAUAGUGUGCAUUCUAUAUUUUAUAUACAUUUGAAUAUUUAAAGCACUUGAGGGAGUGUUUAUAUGGUUUGCACCUGGCUGUUCUUAUACUAUUUUGUCUCUCCAUGUGCUGUUUUGAGACUAGUAAAAAACAUAACCAUUUCUUUUACUAUGUAUAAUAUAGUCAUCCCCGUAAACAGGUUCAUGUAUGUGGCAUUGUACAUAAAAUCUGUUUUUUGUUUGUGAUCGCAAUUUAAUAGCUUGGUUCUAUCAGCUAAUUUUGACAAAACAAACUGUAAUAGUGUGAAGGUCUGCCUUUUAACUGAGGACAGGUUUAAUGGCCCCUGGCUGACUGAUCAGUGAUGGGCGCAGUCAUAUUGCAAUACCUGAAUGAGAAAAUGUGUGUGUUUCCUGCUGUCAUUAUAGUGCUGCAUGUGUCCAAAUCAGGAGUGCCCGAAAUUUAGAUCCCCAACUGUUGGACAACUACACCCAUGAUGCUCUGGAACGCUGUCAAAGCAUCACUGGAGUUGUAGUCCUGCAACAACUUUCUAGUUAAUCACUCCAAAGUGUCUGCUUUUGCAAAAUAUUUACUUCUGUGGGUUUGGGCACUUUUAUUAUCAUUGUUCCUAAGUAUGUAAAACAUAGUGUGGAAAAAAAAUAAUGCACACUUUCUAUUGCUUGUUCUCAAUUGCCAACAAAAGGUGGGUUUUUUGGGGGUUUUUUUUUAUUAUAAAGUGUGGUGCAUUAAAUGAUAUAAUACAUCUCCCAUAAAUAGCUUUGCAUUAAGUUUCAUACCAACUAAUUAAAAACCUAUUUUUUUUUUCAAGAAGUAUUAAGCUGCUCUCAGGUUUAUGUUGUAGAAAGGUAUUGUUUUUUGAAAAAUGUAUGAAGGUCUGGUUGUAGACGGGUAUUGAGGGAGCAUUGGAUCCAUCUUCACCCCAUCAUUUAUUAUUCAAUAAUUCAUCACAGUGUCAGAUCAGUGGCAUAGUUUUCAGUCAUGCUAGUUGAGAAACCCUGCAUUCUAGAAAGUGCAUUUCGUUCCCCACAUUUUACGUUUCAAGUUCUUGGUUGAGAUGCAGAGGUAGUCUGCUGUAACUUGUCUACCACGUAGCUCAAGGAUCUGUACUUUAAACACCCAAUGACCUUAGUGAGAAACUUAGUAAGGGUAACAGAGUCCAUGGGGUUCACCUGCAUAGGUAAGAUUUCACUGUGCCUAACGCCUGAUGAGAACAUUUUGGUUUGUCAUCUGCAUAGUGUCCACUCUGCCCAGUUGGGUCUUUGUGAAUGGUUGUUUAGGCCGUCCACCAGUAUGUUCAAUAUUCCCUUGUAUUGCCUCCUGCCAUUAUAGCAUUUUAAACAUACUCUUUUUCAUUCCCCUGCCCAUCCCUAUGUACAGGAUAAGUUUACCAAAGAAGAGGAAGAGCGAGGCAGAGGACGAGGAUCGAGACAACAGCAUGAGGAACAGCAGUAGUUACGAACAACUGGACGCUGAUGGAGAUAGCUCCAGUGAAGCUUCCAGUGACAUCAACUUCAACUAUGAGUACGCUCAGAUGGAGGUCAUGAUGAAAGCUCUGGGAAAUAACGGUAAGUGGAAUAGGUAUUGGUACAGAGAGUUAUAUGCUUGUUGGAAAGUGCAAUGAAGUUAUGUUUGUUCACAAGUGUUUUGGUAAACUCCGUUAACAGGACUCUAAGCCUGUUAACAUUAACUUCUGAAUUAUCCAAUUUUUUGAGAUAUGUUAUCCCUUGAAGUUGGAGACUUAAUAUUUAGCUCCUCAACUUUUUAGAAACUCAGGACCCCUCAUUAGUGAAGAACUUGUUGACGUCCACUUUCAAAAGCUUUGUACCCAUCUCCUAGGCUUUCAGAAAAUAGGUACUUUUUUUUCCCCCCCUGAAUUGAAGUUCAGCACCUCCCAACCCAGGGUUUCAGAACAGAAUUUUUCUUUCUUCCAAGAGUUACAUAAGCUCAGUACGUCACCACCUAGGCUUUCAGAUUUGCGGUUCUUCUUGUUUCUUGGAUUUUAGGAGCAUAAACUAGAAUGUUUGGCCAUAUUACAAUUAGUGCUUCUGAUGAUAAACUAGCUCUGUUAAUGCUGUCAGAUUCGAAGAUCUAGUUAUUGCCUUCUUGUGUGCAGAUCCCAUGCAGUCCAUACUGCAGAGCCUGGAACAGCAGCACGAAGAAGAGAAACGCUCUGCUUUAGAGCGCCAGAGAUUGAUGUACGAGCAUGAGCUGGACCAACUGCGGAGAAGGCUUUCCCCUGAGAAGCAGCACUACCGAAGCAUGGACAGGUUCUCAUGGGGGUCUCCCAAUGCCCAGCAACGUAUCCGGCAAUGGACAGAGGAAAGGCAAGUCAUCACAACACCGAUAUCAUUAGUGUGGAACAGUCCCCAUGUCAAAUAAGGCAUCAGAGGUUCUCUUUGUAGGUUUAUUGCUUUACACCCGGUAUACUUUACUGCACUCUGAAAGAUGGGAUCAAUCUCCACAUUAAGUUUUUACAGGAAUAUUCAUACUUAAAAUAUGAUGGACAGCUGGGCUGGUCCUUUAAAUCUAGUUAUUCACAAUGAUUUUAUAGUACCAGCAGCACCUCAAACACGAUUAAAUUCUUCUAACAUUUUACUGGUUUAUGGAGGGGGUGGGACGAGGCGUGGGUUGGUUUUAUUGUUUAUCACAAAGAAUUCUGUUAAAUUGUCAUCUUUAAUGACACACCAGGGAGGCAAUGCUGAAUCAGAGCCUGAGAAAACUGCGGGAACAGAUCGCCAAGGCCAAUCUGUAUGUCCGGGAGGCCAAUUUCAUCGCAGAGGAGAUGGAUAAGAGGACAGAAUAUAAAGUCACACUACAGAUCCCAGCAUCCAGCCUUAAUGCCAAUAGGAAGGUAUGCCUGGAGUGCUGAGAGUCGGCAGACACUGCAUUCAAAGAUGGCUUCUUCUGUAAAAUGAAGUUUUGUUAAUAAUAAUUAGCUCAACUGUCCAACUGAAGUAAAGUUUUCAUCUACAAAAAAAUUACUUUCCAAUUAUUAACUCCAGGAAAGCAUACUGUGGGCAUAGCAGUCUUUAUAUUGUAUGCUAUGUGUUACCAUUGCGGAAUAUAUUGACCGUUUAUAAAUGAAUCAUUUAGUGCGUAAUGUCCAUGUCCUCCUGACACAUACACUGGAAGUCACACACCGGGACUAGUCAGCACUCUAUAAAUCGGUGUUUUCCAACCUGCUUUGUACCAAAGUAAACCUCAGUGAGAACACAUACCUGCUCAAUUCAUACCUUCAUCAGCAGUUUUUAUAUAAAUUUUACUUUAUUCUUAAAGAAACACUAUUGUCAUCAGAACAACUACAGCUUAAUGUAGUUGUUCUGGUGUCUACUUUAAAAUGCCUGCAGGGACAGGCUAUAAACAUUGCCUUUUCAUUGAAUAGGCAGUGUUUACGUUGCUGCCUAGUAACACCUCUAGUGACACUCACUCAAAUGGCCACUAGAAGAACUUUCUGGCCCAUUGCUGCACAGUGUGCAGUACCUACACUCAGCAUCUCCACGCUCUGCCUGGAGCUGCUGAGCGUUCCUCAGAGAUACAUUGAUUCAAUGCACCUCUAUUCGGAGAUGGUGAUAGGCCAGGUUGCUGCACAUGUACAAAAACCUCCUAAUGCUUUCCUGUGGGAAAGCAUUGGAUUGACUGAGAUCAUAAAAAUUGAUCAUCUCAGCCAAGGAGAUGGUGUGUGAGCGGGGCCAGUCGCAAUUAAACCCCAAGCGGUGCAGAAAAAAGGAAAGUACACUAGCUUAUUCACAGGGGCAAGUGGGCCAAACGCCUAACUAGUGUUUUCACACCUAUAAUCUCAGGAGUACACGUUUAUAUUCCUAACAUUAUCGUGUUCCUUUAAUAGAGAUGUAUACAACAUGAAUAGCACAUUCAUCUAGCUGAUUCUACAAAAUUGCUAAAUUGCUAGAUCGGAACCCGUUUUAAUGCAUGCACUGAUAAAAAUAAAAUGAAAUCCUAAUGACGGCAGUCAAACAUCGGUGAGUUUGUAGCACACUUUGAGGGUACACCAGAAAACCACUGCCCUAAAUGUCUGACAAAUCCCAAUAGUAUCUGGUUAAAUCAGCUAGACUCCUUCCAUAUUAGGAUAUUCUUCUUGCUUUGAAACACAAAAAUAGAAUAGAAGAACGCUGCCAGGGGUCUCCAGACACAAUAACCGCUUAAAUGAGAUGAAGUAGUUAUAGUGUCUUUGACCCAGUUCUCUGAUCUUUAUCAUGGCAACUUUCCUUUAGAGUUUAAUAUAUAGCAAUGUAUACUGACUUAAUACCUCGCCCCAGGUUUAAGUAGGGCUUGCCCCUGUGUCCACCCAACAUAUUGCAAAGGAAUGUUCCAAAGACACUGCUGGGAUUUGCCUUGAACCUUCCUUUGCAGAUAUCAGCGUGUCCUUGGGGUUUCGUACCACUUCUAGUUCUUGGCUCAAUAUCUACCUGGUGAAUGUUUCAAGGUCCAGUACAGAUGAAUAGAGUAUUCAAGGAACAAGUUGGUAAAGAUUUCAAGGAAGUUCUUGCAGCCAUUCUUUGAGGAAUGAAAUAUGAAAUCUGGGUUUUGUUAAGAUCAAACAUUAGAAAAAGGCCACGUGCAUAAGCUAGGUUAACCCUCCUCUACACUCUGAAAUAUAGACAGAAGACAGAAUAUUUGUUUGUAUGGCCUCUUCCAUCCCCAACCCUCGAAAAAAAAUGGGAAAAAUAUAAAUCAGCAUAACCCUAAAAUGUAUAGUUUAUUUAUCUGAUCUAAAAAAACAAAAACUCUCUUAAGUGGAUUUGUACAAUUGAAAACACGUUAAAGUACUUUGGGGUGGGGGGGCUAAUAUAUUGGUGGAUGCUUUAUAGAUAUGGCCUCUUAGAAUGUUCCAGGUACUUCUUAUACACGGACAUUCAUAUACUUAUGUAUGAUCGUUUAAAAAACAAACAAAAAAAAACAGUAUUUCUUAAUGACUCUGCUGUGUUCUCUCUGUCCUUGCAGCGCGGAGCUGUGCUGAGCGAACCGGCCAUCCAAGUAAGGAGAAAAGGGAAGGGGAAACAGAUCUGGUCUUUAGAAAAACUGGAGAAUCGUCUGGUUGACAUUCGAGACCUUUACCAGGAGUGGAAAACGUGUGAAGAAGACAAUCCUGUGAGCACUUGGUCAUAUUAACAGAUAUUGUCCUCUGUAAAUAGAAGAUAGAAUUGAAAGUCAGUAUUCCUAAAAUUAAUGUUUUAUUAUAACCUUCUAAGUAUAGUUUAUAUAGUAUUUAUUUAACUUUAACUAAACUAGUGUAAGAAGAAAAAAAAAUAAUCCACUCUCUCAGACUCUAUCUAGAUAGAGGAUAAAUGUCAAUGAAUAUUAAACUGUAAAAUAUGGAACGUUCUUUGGCUCAGGGUAAGUAAAAAGGGAUUUGUUGUAAACCUAAAGGGAUUAUUUUAAUGUGACUGUUACAGCCGUAGCUCAUAAUUCUGAAUCCCUGGAUUGGGAAACAACAUUCAAUUCCCCAUGCUAUUUCAGUAAGUUCCAAUGGUUGGAAAACAAGCUGCCCUCAAAGCAAGGUACCAUUUAAAUUAAAAAUUGACUCUCAUAAAAUCAUAUGGCCUUUUGUGCUCUUGCUUCACAGGUCAUCCGGUCGUAUUUCCGGCGAGCAGACCCUUUCUACGAUGAGCACGAAAAUCACAGCCUAAUCGGUGUGGCCAAUGUCUUCCUAGAAUCUCUCUUCCAUGAUGUGAAACUUCAAUAUGCCGUCCCAAUCAUCAACCAGAAAGGAGAGGUUUGUACUCUUCAUACAUACUAACGCUAUCAAGGUUAAUAGUCUGCAAAGAAAAAAAUAAAUCGCUAACACUCUUUAACACUUUAUUACGGUAUCCAAAAAUGUUAAAUAUUUAUUGCAUCAAUGUGUUUGUUCCUAAUUUUCUUUGGUUCUCUUAUAUAUACUUGUAACUACAGAUCCCUGUGGUUUUAAAAUUCAGUUUAAUCUAAUAUACACUAUAUGGACUAAAGUAUCAGGACACACCUCUUAAUUAUUGAAUUCAGGUGUUUAAAUCCGACCCAUUGCCACAGGUGUAUAAAAUCAAGCACCUAGCCAUGCAGUCAACAUUUACAAACAUUUGUGAAAAAAAUGGAUCUUUCUGAAGAGCUCAGUGAAUUUGUCAAGUGUGGUAUUGUGAUAGGAUGCCACCUUUGAAAUAAGUCAGUUUGUGAAAUGUCAUUCCUGCUCGAUAUUCCACAGUCAACUGUAAGUGGUAUUAUUGAAGCCACUCUGCCACGGAAGACCAUGUAAAGUCACAGAGCUGAGUGCUGAGGCGCCUGGUGUGUAAUAAUCGCCAAUGCUCUGCUGAUUUCGUAGCUGAAGUGUUUCAAACUUCCACUGGCAUUAAUAUUAGCACAAUAACUGUGCGGCGGGAACCUCAUUGAGUGGGUGGCCAAGCUGCUGCAUGCAAACCGCACAUCACCAGGUACAAUGCCAAGCGUCAGAUAAAGUUGUGUAAAGCACGUCGCAGCUAGACUCUGGAGCAGUGGAAACGUGUUUAGUGACGUGACAAAUUACUCUUGCUGUUACUCUUACAGUCUGGCAGUCUAAUGGGCGAGUCUAAGAUUGGUGAAUGUCAGGAUAAUGUUGCCUUACUGCAUUAUGCCAACUGUAAAGUUUGGUGUAAGGGGGAUAAUGAUAUGAAAAAUACCCUUUUAGUUCGGCCGUCUGUGUGUGUGUGUUCAGCCGUCUGUGUGGCUGUGUUCAACCCGUCUGUCUGUGUGUGUGUGUUCAGCCGUCAUUUGUGUGUGUGUGUUCAGCGUCUGUGUGUGUGUGUGUGUGUUCAGCCGUCUGUCUGUGUGUGUGUGUUCAGCGGUCUGUGUGUGUGUGUGUUCAGCAGUCUGUGUGUGUGUGUGUUCAGCAGUCUGUGUGUGUGUGUGUGUUCAGCGGUCUGUGUGUGUGUGUGUUCAGCAGUCUGUGUGUGUGUGUGUUCAGCCGUCUGUGUGUGUGUGUGUUCAGCCCGUCUGUGUGUGUGUGUUUGUUCAACUGCGUCUGUGUGUGUGUGUUUGUUCAGCGUCUGUGUGUGUGUGUUUGUUCAACCGUCUGUGUGUGUGUGUUUGUUCAGCCGUCUGUGUGUGUGUGUUGUUCAGCCCGUCUGUGUGUGUGUGUGUGUUCAGCCGUCUGUGUGUGUGUGUUCAGCCGUCUGUGUGUGUGUGUUCAGCCGUCUGUGUGUGUGUGUUCAGCCGUCUGUGUGUGUGUGUUCAGCCGUCUGUGUGUGUGUGUUCAGCCGUCUGUGUGUGUGUGUGUUCAGCCGUCUGUCUGUGUGUGUAUUCAGCGGACUGUGUACUUGGCAGUCUGUCUUUGUGUGUGUGUACUUGGCAGUCUGUCUUUGUGUGUGUCUACUCGGCAGUCUGUAUGCGUGUAUUCAGCAGUCUGUGUGUAUGUAUUGUAUGUAUGCAUUGAAUUUUUGGAGGUACUUCUAAAUAUAAUCUUUGUUGUAUCUAUAAUUAAAUUUUUUUAUUCCUGUAAGUUGUGUAGGCAGCGCCCUAGUGCACUGCUUUGCCUGGGGGCCCAUAAUGUUGUUAAGAUGGCACUGGUGUGUGUCAGCAAGUGUUUCUGUCAAGUAAGUGUCUUUCAGUGAAUGUGUGUGUCUGCCUGUCAGUGAGUGUUUGUCUGUCAGGGUUUGUGUGUGUGUGUGUGUGUGUGUGUGUGUGUGUUAUUGAGAGUGAGUGACAAUGUGUCUGUCAGCAGGGCAAGCUGUGGGGUCACGUAGGGCGCCAUGACAACAGGGGCGCCCGGCGGCCAACACAGCUCACAAGUUUGGGACUCCAGCAUAUUUAAUUUAAACGAUUCCCUGGUGGUCCAUUGGUGCGCACCAGAAGUAGGUGCAGUCAGAUCAUGUCCUCUCCCUUGUGGUUCCGAUGCUCAGUUAGUGAGUUAGGCUCAGAGAUUCUCAGCCUGCGCUCUAACAACAUUGAAAGUCAGAGCCGCAAAAGAGCUACUGAUUAGCAUAACAUCAAUAUCCUUUAUAAGUCCAGGAAAAGGUGGGCAUGGAUGGUGAGCUGAUUCGGGGGUGCAAUGGGCCACUCAACUGGAUUUGCCCCCCCAGGCCUGAGGCUGCCAGCCCUCCCCUGCCUGCUUGCCCUGGUGCAGUCACACCUGCUGCACCGCCAAUGACCUAACCUGUACCCCUCCCUAAAGGUCCACACUAAACAGUGUGGCAAAAAGCUCCAGGCUUACCUUGGAGCUCCGUGAAGAUCCUGCAUUACCCAGCUCUCUCGAGAGGUUACUGCCUGAAUGCCAACUGAAUUAAAAUGAGAACUAUGUGUAUGACGUCACCCUUCAUGAAUUCACCAAAGUAUAAACACACAUUAAUGCAUAAUAUCUGCCUUAUUAGACUAUUUGAAAGAGGGAUGCUAUCUAGUGUUGCCUAGCCUGAGAUAUUACCUUUCUCACUUUUGUACUGUUUGAUUAUGAAUUGUAUUUGUGUCAAUAAAGUAUUUUCUAGUAAAACACUUUAAUUAGGGAGUUCACUCUACCUUUCUUUAUUUGACUGUAUAUUUUUUCAGUUAAGCAAGGGUUAUGUCUUUAAUUUGGAGGGUUCCCCCUUCAUAUGGGGAUGGUCAUUUUGUUUUUAUUUUAUGAUAAAGCCUUUCCCCAAGUGUCAGAAUACAAUUUUAAAGCCAGCUCCUGAGAUAAUGGCUCCUUCCUCUCAUGCUGCAACUCUGGAUAAAUGUAACAGCAUGCAGAGCCCACUGCUGAUUACUACUGGCAGUGAGGAAUGCAGGGAGACCGAUCAAUGUCUGAGUCCUUUCUCAGUAGGCUUAAGGAUUAUAGGAAAUGUGCACAGCUCCAUCACAGAGGCAGUGUAUUCCUUGGCACAGACAGAAGGUUUGCGCUGGGGAAACAGGGGAGGACUUGCAUAGUUGCAGACAAAAGGUCUGUCAUCUUUUCAAGAUUUUAAUUCCUAUAGCCUCAAAGAUAGCAUGCAGAAUAAAUACAUGCCUGUUUUCUUUGGGGAUAUAUCUGUGAAAUAGUUAAACAUUUCAAUUGAGUGUCUCUUUAAUGGUUAAAGAUUGAGUUUGCAAUUGUGUAUUCGGAGACUGCAGUCAAAUUCAUGUCAACCAGAUGGCAGUGUUUCUGACUUCAAAUGGGGUUUGUACAUGGUUUAAAGGCAGAAAUGUAUCAGCUGUGAACUAUUACAGUCUCAGGAAGUAGAAUUGCAGUAUCUACAUAGCAUAAAAUGCUGGAUUAAUAGACUUCUAAAGAGAAUUUCAAAUGGUAGGUCAGACUGAAAAAAAACUGCUGAGAUUUUUUCUCAACUUGGUUUGGCCUAAAAUGUGGAAAUUACUUUGAAUUGCUUACAUUUUUACCUAUAGUGAAUAUCCCUUUCAGGCAAACUAUGCAAGGUAUGCAGGGGGACAGUAAGGGAGUACUAUGUAAAUUAAAUUCACUCACAAACACCUGCUAUCAUAUGGCAUUAGUAAAGGAAUACUCGAGCGUGCAAGCACUAUUUUUGUGUAGAUUCUUGUGCAUAGAAUAUCAUGGGGUGACCAUGUUGCCCUGAAUACAGCAGUGCUACUGAUAAGUGUAUUUUUUUUUUUUUUUUACCUGCCUUCACUCCAGUAAAUUUUGUUAAUAUAUUUUACUGGGGUAAGGUUACAAGGAAUUGCCACUUCCACAGUAUUCAAUUGUGUAUGCAGUGGUUGGCAGUCAACUCCAUGUCCACCUGGUGGCAGUAUUGCAGUGGCAACUGCAGUUACUGACUUUGUCUUCUUUCCUGUGAGCAACAUACACUGCAAGGAUUUAAAGCUGGAAAAUCAUCAGCUGUGAGCUAUUGCAUUCUCACUUGGUAUAGCAUUAGCUAAAUACCAUGUGAAGUUGAACAGUGAGUUGUCUGGAAUUCAAAGAGAAUUUACAUUUUCGGCCAGAUAGCCAAACUAAAAAACAGCUUACUUCUUCUGACUCUUUUUUUCUUCUCAUCUUUGCUUGGCUAUGCUGUCCUAUAAUGUUAAAUUCCUUGCAAUUCGUGCUAUUGUAAAUAUCUCUUUCAGGCACAUUGUGCAAGGCUAGUAGCCCUGAAACUUAUCAUCAUGGAUGAUAGUGAUUGAAAUCAUGGAUAGUGAGAAGAUACAAUACAAGUGGCAUGGUAGAAGAUAAUCAUUUGAUAAAGAAUGGAUUUACUAAAGCACUGUGUAAAUUGAUUAAGGUAUAAAACAAGGGCUAACAUAGUCAACUGGUACAUUAAAACCAUAUUAUAAGUAUGGUUGUAAAGGAAAUUUUAAGUGAGCCUGGGGAUUAAAGGUAGAGGUCUGAAGUUAUAAAUGGGAAUAAAAGGGUUGUUGCAAUGACUCUGUGGGUACGGUUCCCAUUCCCAGCAUGUUGGGCUAACCCACCCCAGCCCAUCAUGGCGAUCCAAGUUGCAUAGCUUCUGAUAUGGGAGCAAUUUCUUCAUUUAAUUAGUUAAAUAUUUUUAUGGUAUUGACAGGAUUUCUGUUGUUCUGAUCCAAUGUGCUUGCAGAAGUAUAUUCACCCUCCAAGUCAUAGCAUUAGAUGUUCAUACCUGCAUCAUCCCAUCAGUCUUUCAGAAAGCUCAGUCAAUUGCGUUUAGUGACCCGAGCUACUCUGAAACCUUAUCCAUCAGAAAGAAAAUGUCUUGAUUGCACAGCUUAUUUCCUGCCUGCUCCACAAACACUACAACAUGCUGCACUUUUUUUGACAACGAUCUUUGCAAGAGAGUGACAUUUUUGCAAUGUUGCAUGAUCUUUUAUAUCAGUUGGAAUAACAAUUAUUAUUGCCUGAUCAGCAGUGACCACAUACAGCAUGAUAUUGAUAAGCAUGUUUCCAUCUCUGUUGCUACAAUGUUUAUUAAAAACAAAACAAAAAAACAAAAAAAUCAGAUGACCCGCAGGAAAAUGCUGGCUGAAUGCCACACACUUCAAUUCAAUUAUCGUGUUGGCAUGGGCAAAUCCUGGCUUUUCUACCCAAAACAAAUACUGGCAAUCACAUGCUGGCAUCUUGUUUUCCUCAGUGGACUAGCCGGACUGUGGGAAUGUGAGCACAGAGAUUAUACAUCAUAUCUCUGCAUGAGUCAUAGCAACAAACUGAGGUUUGGACAGUAUUGACACUCUAAAGAUGAGUGUGCAGACAGGGAAGCUAGCUUUGGAGUUCAGACAACGUGCUGUGAAUAAGUGCAGCUUUUCUAGGAAACAGGAAGUGCCCCUUCGGUAAACAGAUCCAAAAAUUGUGCUACCACUGGCAGUGUCAGUUUUGAGGUAGCAGAGGUUAUCACCUUUGUGUCAUUUAUGGUGCCGUUGAAGGUACAAAUGUUUGUGUACAGAUGAAAAUGUUUUAAUUGGCUCGCUUGCACUUUCCAUUUAUCUCCUAAUAAAACUGAUUUAUUCUCUGGCAAGAUGAUGUGGAUUAAAUUACAUAAAAUGUUUAGGUGCUUUUUAUGCAAACAAAUUACACAUGAAUACCUUUUGUGUAACCAGUUUGUGGUAACGAAAUAUAUAUCCAAAUAAUUAAUUACUUAUAUUGUAUAAACCAUGCUCUUUCCAAAAUAUAUACACAAUUGUAAUAAUUGCUUAUGUGAAUUUAAUAUACUGUCACAAAUUAAGCUCACACAACAUCCCCGCAGAGCAGUUCUUAAAGAUUGUCUAAAGUCUGUAGGGUCUUUUGCCAGUGAAUAGCAAAUGUUCCAUUUGAAGUAGAAAAACUGAUUUAAAAGUACAGUAUAGGCACUAGCACAACCUUCAGCUUAAUGAAGCAGUUUUGUUGUAUAGACCCCUGCAGUCUCACUGCUCAAUUCUCUGCCAUUUAGGAGUUAAAUCACUUUGUUUAUGCACCCUAGUCACACCUCCCUGCAUGUGACUUACACAGCCUUCCUUAACACUUCCGAGAUCUAAUGUAUUGCACAUUCUGUUUAAUUUAGAAUUUAUAAUGUUCUGCUGUGUUAAUAGCCUUCAAGACCCUGCAGGAGCUUACUUUGUGUGAUUAAAAUUCAACUUCCAGAACAGAAGUUAAUGUGUUUUUUAGAAGUUUUUAACAUCUGAUUGAAAAUAAUUUUUGAAUGCAGGCUGUGUCGGUCACAGUCAGGAGAGGUGUGGUAAGGACUACAAAAAACAGAAACAAAAGUGGUUUAACUCGUAAAUGCCAGAGAAUUGAGCAGUGAAACGGCAGUGGCUUGACCUAUAAAUAAAGACUGCUUCAUUAAGCUGUUUUGAUGCCUAUAGUAUCCCUUUAACUCGCGCCCACUCCACUUUUGUCACCAAAUAGCCAAACUGAUCUUAUUCUCUGAGCACACAGCAGAUAAUUUUAUCAAUUUCUAGUUCAUAGUUUUUAUCUUAUUUCUUAUUGGCCUUAUUAUACUUUUUAUGCAACUUAUGAAGGUUCACAUAUAUAGAAUAUAGAGAAAGUCCAGAGAUUAUAUGAGCAAUUGUUGGCAUUUAUGAUUUUGUGCAACAAUAAAGAGCAGUGUUUAACGCAGGUAAGCAUGACUUAUAACCGCUCAUAAAGAAUCAUUCAUUAUUGCAACACUGCAGAAUUGCAGACCCUAAUACCCAUGUCAUGAUGCCGCCAUCGUUCUGUCCUUUAACCAUCUCAGUGUGCAGGAUUAUCGCUCACUGUAUUAAAUUACCAAACUUCCAGCAUUCACUAUGUUUGCAAAACAAUUACCGUGUGAAGUGAUUGUCUCAAUUUGUCACAUCUAAACCUCCACUUUUUUUUUUUUUUUCUCCUAAUUUCUUUCUCAGCUGGAAGAGGAAAAGAGGCGUCGUAAACUAGAAGGCUGGAAAAGUAAUAAAGUGACUUACCAAGUUAAUGAGGUGAGGUCGUAGUAGCAUGCUUCAUUGCUGAGACAUAAAGCUGGUCCCACAGCAGUUUCCAAACAGUAGGCAAAUACCGUGAUCUGUAAGAGCUGGGUUCCAGUGGUUUGACUACAAGCCGAAAACCAACAGGGUACAUGUGUUAAUAAUAUGUCCGUAUUAGAUCAUGUACCUGCAGUAGGAUGUGCAGAACAAAAACAUCUUCAUGAAGUCACGUUUUCACUUAAAAAAAAAAUAAAAAAAUAUUGGAUAUAAGUAAUACAACUAGCCCAAUGACCCAUUGAUCAUUUGCAAUUUAAUAUGUGUAAACUGUUUUUUUUCCUCUCUCUCAUUCCCAAAUAAAAAAACUAAAUAAUACAUUUCCCACCUCCCUCCAUCCCUGUAUUUCUCCCCCACCCCUCACUGGCUCAGAUUGCUCACCUGCACUCUGAGACGGUGAAAUGGCCCAAUUGGAAGGUGGGCCGUCCUAACUGAUGCCAGGUAGGUUUUUGGCAGUUGGUGCCUGACAAUUCGCCCGGCGCUGGAUUCUAGGCAAGUUAAAACCGUUUUUAUUUCCUUUUUAGUUUUGGGGAGGAUAAAAAAAAUAGUGCCCAGUAUGGCUGUAACGGACCGUUUUGCACACAAGGGGUAAAAACCGUUUAGGCGAUCGGCCCCCUUUCCAGAGAUCCAGGCACAGCUACUGCAGAACACCAAAACUCACGAACUGGAUACAAAAUAGCACUCCAACUCCCGAACUGGAACCUCCCAAAUAGCUGCUAGCAGACGAACAGGAAAAGCAGACGAACAGCUUACACUCCUGGCAAUCAGUCUCUAACAGCAUACAGUGAAUCCCCCCAAGAACGAGACAAGGCUCCGUGUUGAGGGUCAAGCAGUGGUCUGAGGUGCUGGCACACCCAGCCUGGUUUUUAUUACAGUGUUUCAAAUACAGGACCACCCACAGGGAGGGAUAAAACAACCAAUCAUAUCACAGUUACAUCCCACAUAUUCCCUCCCCUUAUCCUGAGAGGAAACUCAAUUAUACAAACAGUUAAAACAUACUUUCUACCCAACUUUCAUAACUCCAAAACCAUACAUCACAUUCACAUAAAAUUUCAUAUUCUCAAUCAAUCCAUUCAGGGGAACAACAUAUUCAAAAAUGGCACAAAUCAGACAAGGGGUUCAAAAGUUAGUAAAAAGUCCUUUGUGACUAAAUGAAGCAUGGCUUUCUGGCCCAAACUAGUUUCAGAGUCUUCUAUCCUGGAGAUAAGUAAUUCAAUUAUCUCCCAGGAUAGACACAAGACUCCAUUAAGCACAUGGUUGCAAAAAGACACAAAGACAGUAAAACACUUUAAAAUACAUAAAGUUACAUUUUACACAUAACACACAGACAUUUCACAUAUCCUCAGAUAGCUCAGGUCUGAGCGCACAUUAUUAAGUGAAUGGCGCUCGGACCACACAAAUACAGUUUAAUCGCCAUGGAGCUAAAGUCUUUACAGUCAGUUUCAUACGAAUGGGCUCCAUGGGAUUCCUAUCUGGGGUAUAACACAUUCAAACAAAUCUACUGAACCCCAGGCAGAAAAGCAUGAAUACAGCUUUUCUGCAGGCAAAAAUAAAGUCUUUAAAAAGGGGGCCAUAGUCCAAAGGCAGCAGGCGAGCAACCAGGCUUCUCCAAUGCAAUGUGGCGAGAUUGGUCUCGUCACAAUGGCAUUUUACAAAAGUCCUCCCCCCAAAGGGUUUGAGUAAGCCUUUGACACAUAUGGGCUUACUCUGCAUCUGUAACUAAGCUGUUUUUAAAUACACGUUCAUAAACCGUAUUGAUUAUAAGCUGAUGUAAACAUUUGUUUUUGUUUUUUUUCUAUUGUCAGACCUCGUCUCCAUCUCCCAGCACAUCCACAUCUUCCACCCCCUUAAAGCCAAAAACAGAAAAGCGGUCUCUGCGUGGAAGUGGUUAGUAAAAUUUUAAAUGACUAAAUCAGAAGUCGUUGAAGUCAAGUAAUAUAUUUAUCUUCUGCUUGCCUUGCAAAACAUACUAAACAACCUUCAUUUUGUUGGGCAAAAAUAGAAUAAAAAAAAUCUAUUGAUACCAUAUGUUUUUUUUCCUGUGGUGCCAGAACAUAAACUUCUCUCAAAUAUCUGACUUGCGUCUGGCCAGGAUGUCGUCACCCUCAACAAUCUGGUACAGGAGCAUUAAGGCUUACUGUAACAACAAGAUAAAUGUAGAGAGAAUGAAGAAGGUCUAUUAGCCAUUACUUCAGGUUGAUUUCAAUGUCCCCUAAGCCACUUCAUUUGAUGUUUGUGAAACUGUAACCCCUUGCAGAUCCAUUGUACUCAUUACGAUGGCAGUUUGAGGCCGUAGAUUCUAUUGAAAUACUUUGAGCUGAGUAUUUUGGCAAGACACUUAUGUGUACUAUGUUUUAACAGAUUGUACUGAAGGAAAAAUGUUAGUCUUUUUUAGAUGUUGCAACACAAGGGGUACUAUAAUAUAAAAGCCUCUUCUAGGAAAUCUGUGCUGGAAUAUCCUCCCCCCUCCCCCACCCACCCUCCCCUUCCUUUUUCCAUCAGUUGCACUGUUUUCUUACUAUGGGUUUCUCUUGAAAUCUGUGUAGGAUAUCUAUUCAUAAUGAAAGUUUAGUUUCCAUAACUAAAAAUAUGACCGGUCUGUGUAUUCAUCCUCUAGUCUGCAGUAAAGAUACCUUAAACUAAUAUGACACAGAAAUGCCGCUAUCAGACUGCUUGGCGUUAAUAGGUCUCAUACAUGCAUUUUGGUAGAUGGUGGAAUAAUAUGCAUGUAUGACAAGUGCCUAGACUUAAAUAAAAAUCAGUCUGCAUAGCGUCGUUCCUCAAACUAUGUUAAUUGAAUGGUAACUUGAAACGUCUGCAACAUUCAUUAUAUUAGGUUUUCUCAGCAGUAGACAUUUCAUAUAUUUUAUAAUAAAGGUUUUAAACUAAUGUUAACAGGUAUUGUAGUUACAUUACUUUAUCUUCUGUGGUUUUUUUUCUGUUUCCCCAUAGGGUUUAACCCACUCACUGGUGAUGGAGGUGGCACAUGCGUGUGGAGACCUGGCCGAAGGGGCCCCUCUACAGGAGGAUGA